UUGCGAUACCUAGGCUUGUUUAACUUAGCUUGUUUUGUAGCAAGCGUUGUUGCCAUUAAAAUUGAUGGGGUCAAGCCUCCUCUAGCUGCGCUGCGCGGACUGCUCAUCCCAAGGGGAUAUGUGAAGGUUUACAAUGUGAGAGGUAUCGAGCAGGAAACACAGGUCACAGAGAGGGAAUGCAGGAUAGGGGGG